AUGUCUGCGGCAGCGGCAACUACUAGCAGCGCGGGGACGCUGCGGUUCGAAGAUGGCGCCGUCCAGUUCCGGCAGCGCAUCGUGGUUAGCAUUCUCUCGCACCGAUCACUUCUGAUACGCAAUAUUCGAGCGGAAGACAUUGAUGCACCGGGUUUGCGGCAGUAUGAAGCUUCAUUUCUGCGAUUAAUUGACAGCAUGACGAAUGGUAGUCGUAUUGAAAUCAACAGUACGGGUACACAACUUAGGUUAAGUCCAGGAGUGUUGACUGGAGGAUCCAUUGAACAUACUUGUCCAGUUCCGACACAGCCAACAGAUUCCCGCCCAGACGAAGAAUCAAUGGAUUCAUCUCGCUCGAUUGGUUGGUUUUUGGAAGGCAUACUUCCGCUCGCCCCUUUUGGCAAGGAACCCUUGUCGGUUUCCUUUUUUGGCAUUACAGACGGCACUUGCGACGUCGAUCCUACCUCAGACUACCUUAAAGCCUCCGCUCUGCCCUUGUUUCAAAAGUUUGGCGUGGGUGUGACGGAUGCCGAAGAUUUCCUGUCGCCACAAGCACCGAGUAUUCGCGUGGUGCGACGCGGUGCGGCUCCGGCCGGAGGCGGUCGCGUGGAGCUCUAUUCUCCCGUCGUGCAAGUACUGCAACCGAUCGAAUUUACGGAUCCCGGAAAGUUCAAACGGGUCCGCGGGACAGCCAUUACCUGCAAAAUUGUCUCGUCGAGUAUGGCCGCACGGGUUGCCUUUGCCUCCAAAGGCCUCUUGCACCGAUUGCUGCCGGAUGUUUGGAUCCAUACAGACGCGCACACCAUCAAACACCACAAAUGCGGUCCGAGUCCCGGCUUGAGUCUCGUAUUGACGGCAGAAUCUACCAACGGUGUUGUGUUGACGGCCGAGUGCUGUUUGGACUACCGUAAAGAUGCUAGUCGGGAAUUACCGGAAGACUUGGGCACACGAGGAUCGGCUUUGCUGUUGAACGAAAUUCGUAAAGGCGGUUGUGUCGAUACCGGAAUGCAAAGUCUGGCGCUAUUGUGGAUGUGUUUAUCACCCGAAGAUGUGAGCCGAAUACGGGUCGGUACCCUAUCUCAGUACGCUGUAGAGUCGUUGCGGCUUUUCAAACAAGCCUUCGGUGUGGAGUUCAAAGUCAAACCGGAUCAUGCUACCAAAACGGUCCUCCUAAGUUGCUUGGGUUCUGGUUACCGAAACAUGUCGCGGGCGGCAACGUAG